AUGAGCCUCGCCUCCGAAAACCAAGAAGAAACACAGCUGAAUCAUCCUCCUUCAACAACUCAGGAGGCUAACACUGUUAGUCCAGCAGCUGUAGACGUGUUGUCAUCUUCUACAGUCAAACUAGAGGUUCAAGAGUCUAGUACACCCCUAACUGCUUCAUCUGUUGAUACUAACACGCCAGGGAUUGUCGGGAUGACCUCAGAUAACACCAAUGAAAUAACACUCGGUAGUAUUCUGGAUCAAUUAACCUCUAGUGCCGAGAAGGGUUCUAUUAGUAGUGUUGUGAAUGGAUCAUCUGUUAUUCCCAAUGUAUUUUCAGCCUCAGGAGGACAAGUUGGCAGACAAGAUCCAGCCUCUUCCUCCCUUCCUUGUAACAAUUUACCACCAACAACAAUCAAUACAGAGGCACCAACCACACUACAAUUAAUUUGGGACAAGGAUGCAUCCACAACAGUACCAACAGCAACCACAGAAGAACACCAAAAGAAAAAGAAGCCUGGCAAGAAGGGUGAAAUUGUACAAUUGGCAGAAGGUGAAAGAGAUUCUAUUGUUUCUUCAUUGAAAGUGAAGAGAAUUCAAGCGAAGGCUGUUUGCUCUAAUUGUGGAUGUAUGGAUACUCCUACUUGGAGAAAGGGACCUCUUGGAACAGGAACAUUAUGUAAUGCUUGUGGUAUUAAAUAUUCCACUAAUGUAGGCUUUUUAGAUCCUGGUACAGGAGCCCAACAGGGAGUGAGACCUUUUAUCAAGUACAAUGAUGCAGGCCAUCUUGUUUCCGAAUCUCUUAAAGCAACUGAUGAAAGCAAACCAUCAUCUUCUAGUAGUAGUACUACUGGCACUGAGGAAUCUGCAACCUCUUCACAAUUGACAAACACACAAACAUCAUUGGAAGCAGCUGCCACAACAACAUCUACUAAUGUUUCAACACCUGAAAAACAAGGAAAGAGGAGUAGAGGUCGUCCAAAAGGUUCUUCCAACAAGAAAAAACCAGCACCUCCUUUGGAAGCAACUGUACAAACAAUUGUAGCUUCUGCCUCAUCAAGUGUUGAACUACCACCUCCAUCACCACCACAAGUGGAAAAGAAGAGAGGAAGAGGUAGACCAAGAACUAAACCACUUCCAAGUGCACCUCAAUCAAGUACAGAUGAUGCAGAUCAGAUGAUGGAUGAGGAAUCUGAACUAACAAUUGUUGGAACUGGAAAAGGUAAAAGAAAGAGAAAAGCUGACGAUGAUGAGUAUGUGCCAGAAGAAGAAAAACCUGUUGUCAUUCAAAGCAAACCCAAACAUAGAAAGAUUGUCACACUUCCAGUAGGAUCAGACACUCAAGUAUUAAGUUUACAAAAUAUUCAGAAAACCUUCUCAAAUAAUUCUGAUAAUUGUAUAUAUAUUUCAUCUGACUAUUUAAUGCAAUGCAUUGAAGGAUUUAAACUUACAAUUAAGCAAGGAUCAAAGAAGAAUAAUGGUGAACUCAAUAGACGUAUUACUACAGAUUCCCUAGUGUAUAUAUUCCUCUUUUUGGAUAUACCUGAUUUAUUGACAUGUUUCUCUGUUUGUAGACAUUGGUACGAAUCUGCCAAGUCUGAUGUUAUAUGGAAAGAAAUUUAUAGACAUAAUUGGAGUAUUGAUGAGAAAUCACUUGCUGAAUAUACUACAGGAAUUCUAGCUCCACCCCCUUCCAUUAAUUGGUUUGAUCUAGUUCAAGCAAGAAUUAAUAUAAGAAUCUAUUCUCCAAUUCAACAAAUUCACUUAAUGUCACAAUUUUAUGCCAUUGAAAACAAAUCUAAGAUUUUAGCAUGCAUACAAGAAAACCUAAAUGAGGAAAUUACUGUAAGAAAGAAUAGCACUACCCCUAAGGAAAGCACAAAUAUUUUGGAAGCAGAUAUCAAAGAUAUUGUUGUUAAGGAACAAGAUGGAACAAUUCCAAAAAAAUUGCGCAACAUGAAGGUUCUUUGUAAGAGGGAUUUUACUCCCUUCUAUGCUUCAUCAUGGACUCCAAAGAAGAAGCAUCCGAUUGAUGAGGAUGAACAAGAAGAAGCCAAACCCUAUGAAAUUGGCAAACUCUACAGUCAGCCUUCUGAAAGAGUUUUAUUAAAUCAAUUAUUUACUAAUACCAUUGAGAAGGGAGAUAAAGUUGAUCAGGAUUUAAUUCGAUCCCGUUACAGUGUCAUACACUCACCCGAUAAUGUCUAUGCAUUGAAGAAUCUAUUGGUGAGACCUCAUCCUGUUGUUGCUUGUUAUUGUACUGCUUACAGUGAACAUUAUCCAUUGAUUGUGAGUCCUGAUCACAUUUGGAUGAUGAUUACACAGGGAUUGGUAAAGCAUUUGGCUUUGAGACCUGAAUUGAUUGGCAAUGCUGAAGAAAAGCAAAACAAGAUGGAUAUUGUUGUUGCUAUGCCUCAAUAUAUUGAUCCAGUGAGUGCUGAGAUUAAUUGGGAGGGAGUUGUGAAUGAAAUUCAUCAGGCAAUUGUAAAUGAUGUUUCAUCCCAUAAGGGAGAUGAGAGAAAAAUCAAAUUGAUGGACUUUAUAGAUCACAACUUUUCAACUUCUACCCAAGUUGAGAAAGUUGCCUCGAAAAUGUUGUUGAUGGAAGCUUUUAAGGAUUUUUAUUCGUAUAAGAAUGAUUUCUUAUGUGGUCUUCCAAGUGUUACAAUUUUGGGAACUAUGGAUGACUGGUUGGGAAUGAGAGAGAAGCUCAAACUCCUUGACGAAUAUGAUAUGGCUUGGUGGAGAAAGGUUUUGACACUCAUUCUUGAUAGGAUUAUCAAAACAGCCCAAGAAGAAACUCUCACUGAAGAGUUGAAAACAUUUUGGAAUGGUAUUGCUCUCUUUGAUUCUAGCAGUGGCUUUGAUUUCAUUUCUGGAUGGAUCAAUUACUUCUUCCCAUAUGAUAAAGAGAACAGAGUUUCAUACCAUUUACAGAAAUUUAUCGAGAUGGAUUCUAAAUUUGCUGAAAAUGAACCAUAUACUGAUGAUUUCUCUCAGGGCUACUUGUUUGAAGAAACUGGAGAGUCUGAAGUUGAGAAACUUGCAAAAGUUUUCAGAUGGAGAGAGGCUUUUGAAAUUGGAUGCUUCCCUAAUCCAAUUACGGCAACAAGUGUCGAGGUGUUGAAUCAUCAAAAGUGGAAAGAGUUUCAUUACAUUUCUGGAUUUAUGGGAGUUGAUUACAAUCCUGAAUUGGAUGGAAUUCAACCUGUUAUUUCAUGGGCAAUUACUACUUUAAGAGAUCAAGCUAUUAGAGACAAUAUCAUUUCCAGAUGUAAAUUUAAUCAUGCUCCUUGGUCAAUUGAUUGUGGAAGAACUCGAUGGAAAGCUUCAAUUUCAAUUAGUAAUUCAGUUGGAGUAACAGCAAAAGUUAUUCAAACGAAUGAUGAAAAUAUUUAUUCGAACAGUGAAAGAAUGAAGGAAUUAUUCAGAGAAUUCAAACAACACAUGGAGACAAGCUAUGCAAGUGAUCGGAUCAAUCUUGAUGGUAAUGUGAAAUACUUCUCAACCAAAAUUGUACAAUUACUAGUCCCAACAGAGGAUAAAUAUCUAGUUGUAGAAUCUGCUAAAGCUUGUGGAUUGUCAGUCUUGCAAUGUUGUGAGGAUGGAAGAGAAAUUAUACCUUAUGCAUUCAUCCAAUCAAUUAUGGGCAGUGAUUGUCUAGUGGUUAAUUGGUCAAGUAGUAAGCCAGUAGUCAAUAUCAGUGAGGUUUCUCAAUACUACUACAGUCAUCUUAUAUUUGAAAAGUUUUUGGAAUGCUGUAAUGGAAAGGAUUUCAGUUUCAUUUUAUUGAAGCAUUUGGAAGAAAAGCACAGCUCCUCAAUCGAUCUUAAGCAAUGUGAAAAGGUAAAGGGUUCCCUUUCUAUCAAUAAUUCCACAAUCGUAGAACUUUCAAAUGGAUCUUCUGUUACAGUUACAAGGGAUGAAUUUUACACUCUAUGUGAAAACGAAUUUGCAAACUUUGAGAAGUUACUAAGAGAAUCCAUCACAGAGGGAAUGAUUCCUUCGCCAUAUGGAAGAGUACCAAAGAUUAAGCAUGUUAUCCUUUCCGGAGGUACUUUUAACAUUCCAAAACUGAAAGAGAUUGUUGAAAGGGUAACAUCAGAAAUGAUUCCUGAUGCCUCAAUAGUUUCAAGUGAGAUGGAUCCUGCCCUAAUUCAAUCAGUUGCAGGUGCUCAUUACUUCAGAUUUAGACAGUUCGAGGGAAUCGAAUAUUUGGACGUUUAUAAUGGAGGGGAACCAUUUUAUUAA